GGUGGGGGCUUAAUGUAUUGUCUCCUUGUACUUUUGUUUGGCACAGCACAGUCACUGUACUGGCAAAGCUAUGGGCCAACUUUGCAGUGAGUAACGGUGCUUCAGCUCCUUGUUUUCAGCAAGGUGAGACCGUUAGCGGUCCCUCGCCCGCAGUUUGGGAACCGCUAUCCCGGACUGGCCGACCUCUGCUCUCCGGCUCUCUUCCUCCGACUCCGCCUCUCAGAACCAACACACGAGCGACAGACUCUCCUGCCUGCCUGCCGCCACCCCGAAGCCCCUCCAGCUAUAGUCUUUGCACUUCCCCUCUCACCAAACAGGACUCCGUACUUCUGUAUCAACGCGAACUCACUUUCUCCUCACCCCGAAUGUCCUCUUAGUUUUGCCGGAGGGGGAAACUAAGUUGAAAAGUACAACAGACGGGAGUUGCUGUGUCGGAGAAGUUUUUCUUCUCUGCUCCAGUUUUUGGCCCCGCGACGGGGCAGGACAGUGAGGGGAGGCCGGGGGGACUAACAGGAGACCGUAUGAUGUGGAUCUGGUACCUUCUGCUUGGUUCGGGGUCAGGCUCAAGAACUGUUGAGAGCCAGCUGCUCCCAGGGAAUAACUUCACCACCGAGUGCAACAUCCCUGGAAAUUUCAUGUGCGGAGAUGGGAAGUGUGUCCCAGGUGGGUGGCAGUGUGACGGAUUGCCCGACUGCUUUGACAAGAGCGACGAGAAAGGCUGUCCCAAGGUGAAGUCAAAAUGUGCCCCGACGUUUUUCGCCUGCGCUAAUGGAGUCCACUGCAUCAUCGGCCGCUUCCGCUGCAAUGGCUUCAGCGACUGUCCCGACGGGAGUGACGAAGAGAACUGCAGUAACCCACUGGUGUGCUCUGAGGCUCGCUUCAAGUGUCGAAACGGCCACUGUGUUGACCGUAGCUUCUUGUGUAAUGGCCAGGACAACUGCCAGGACAACAGUGACGAGGAGCUCUGUUUGACUACUGCUGAAGCUCCGGGGCAGGAUUUUGUGACACUGGACUACCGCCUCCGCUACUACCCCAGCAUCACCUAUGCUGUCAUCGGCAGCGCUGUCAUCUUCGUCCUAGUGGUGGCAUUGCUUGCCCUGGUGCUCCAUCACCAGAGGAAGAGGAGUGUCCUGCUGCCCAGAGGCGUAAGGGGGAGCUCACAUCACCACCACCACCAUCAGCCGCUUCUGUUGUCCCGUCUGGUCAUCUUGGACCGGGGCCAUGUUCACCCAGGGGGUUCUGGUCUCUCCAUGGACUCCACUGCAGCUGGACAGUACCAUUCAACUCCUCAGGCGCUGCAGCUGCUGUCUGGGACCCUGUAUCCCUCUGGACUGUCCUCCAUGGACUCACCUCCAUCAUAUUCACAAGCUGUUCUGGAUGUCAGUCGGCCUCCCUGGUUUGAUCUCCCUCCUCCCCCGUACCUCCCAGAUGGGGAGCUUCCAUCAGAGGGCGAGCUGCCUCAGUACGAGGACCCGCAAGACCCUUUGAGCCCGCCAGCAGCACAUCCCUCAGCACCCUCCACACCCAGAACUGUGGCCUCGGGCACACAGCCGAGUGAGAGCUCCAGAGAGCAGUCCGACCAGCUGUGAACCGCUCUCUUGUGGACUCUGUAGACUCAGAGAGUGCAAGGACUGAAGGACCAGGCUGUAGGGCCACAUGAAGCCGAGACAGUCCAGAACAAAGACCUGCUGAGGAGAACCAACAGGGACUAAGAGACUGCAGGCUUUAAUAGCAACCGUUACUCACUGCCUGCACGUUGGCUCACUGGAAGCUGUGCUGGGAAGAGUUCAUCCUUGUAAUACUGAGGUUGCUUGCAGGCUCCCCCUGCUGGUGUCAAGGCUCCACUACACCUUCAAGAGUUCCACAUCUGAUUGUAUUCGGUUGAAUUAGUCUGCCCUUGAAGAAAUAAUACAUACAAUGCCUGACUCUGACUUCAGUCUGAGUCACCAACUGCCAUUCACUAACAUUUUUAGAGCAUCUCAGAUGGCUAUUGCUUUCUGUGAAGUCUAUCAUGAUAGAGUUGUGUUAUUAUUUUGACUGUUCUCAUUUUAAAUUUCAUACAACAGUGUUUUCCAAAGUAGGGUUUAUAAAGAAAUGAUGUUCAUGUUUCCGUUGUUAAAACCCUGAAUGGUUCAAUUAUAUAGUGUUACUGUUACGGCUACAUGCUGCCUAGACUUCAAGACAGCUUAAUAGUGUUGUGUAAGACUUUUCAUGGUCACACACAUAUAGCUAUAAGCACAAAAGCAAUCAGUGGUACACUUGUUUUUUCAGUGUUGGUGUGACCUGAUUGACAUUUAGUAACUCCUUUAGUAGCACUUCAUGCUAAACCUAGAAGUCUUUGAGUUAAAACUGGCAGGUAUUUUCUAAAUGAGCAAAAGAAGUCUUGUUCUUUUUCACAAUAUUUUCACAGUACUUCUUCUUGUCGUUUGGUUCAAGUCAAGAUAGAAAAUGUGAAGAGGAUCACUUUUUUUUUUUUCCUCUAAAUAGCGUUAGCCAGGAACUCUGAGUAUUUAUGGCGAGCUUCAUAAGUCAUUCCUCCAAGCAAUCUGUUGACGAAGAUAACUUUUUUAUAACACUUCUAUUUCAGCAGCAUCAAUGUUUGUUUUCAGACAGAGACAAAACAGUGUUAAAUCUAAUGUUUUUGAGGCCUUAUUUUCUGCCAGUUUGAUCGUUAGUGCCUUUGAACAAGAUUAGUUUGAGAACACAAUCUGAUUUAAAACACCUAAAAACUGUAGCCUGUAUCGAUAUCACUCACAUAAAUCAGCAUUUUAUGAAUCUGUCUUGAACCAGAUUGCCCAACUUUGUGUAAGAUUUUGUAAUGUAUAUACCUCCAGUUGUAUGUCCUUUUGUAAAAUCCUCCAAAGUAGUAUUAGACAUUGACUGAUGAAACUCAUAUCUGAAGGAUCUAUGUUUGUACAUGUACUACCUGCAUUGUAUUAUGAUUGUUGGUUUGUUCAUUUUCAAGUGGUUUGUUUGACACUGUACAUAUGAGAUGUAGGGAAAGUAAAUAAAUCUAUUUAAGAGUAGAGUUUAAAGAAAGAGCUGAAUGUGUAAAUAUAUUUGUACUUUGUAUCUUGUUUCUUCUCCAGAGCUGGCAGUGAUAGAGCCGGCACAAGAAAAUCAAUCAAACCAAAGAUAAUCAUUGCAAACCUUAAUGUGAGGAUAUCACCCUCCAAAGGAAUGUUCAUGUGUCCCAGCUGUCUGUGCCUUUGUGAUAUUAAAAUGUGCAAAGGUUCAUUGAGUAAAACAGAAUUUAUGUUAUUUGCUGUAAAACUGGAAAAUGUGUCUCAGGAUAAAAAUCAGUCUCUCUGCUCUGUUGUUUUUAUAUACAUUUGGUUUACAGCACAUUAAGAUUAAAUUCCAUUUUUUUUCUGAU